AUGAAAAGUGAUAAACCUACCAGUAUUCAGCUACUUUCAAGCAAUUCCCAAGCUCUUCCAGUUAAAGAAUUCUGCAAACAAUGUGACGAAAACAUCAAAAUUUCUGAAAAAAACUUGAUUUUGCUGUUAAAGUUCAAAAACAUCCUUAAUGAAGAAACAGCUGAUCUCGAAUACAGCUCUCCUGAUACCAUUAAGAUAAAACUUGACAACCAAAUCGAAAAAUCAAAGAAAAAGAAACUCUUCCAAUAUACAAACCUUAAAAAAGAAUCAAGCCGCUUAAAUGAUCUUAAAUUAGACCCCACAAGCUGCUUUAUUUGGUUUAUUGCUAACAAGCAAGAAAUGAAAAAUUUAGUCCCAGAAAUCGAAGAAAUCCGAAUCAAAGAAGUUUGCUGCGAAAUGACCUCAAAAAAUAAAAAUUGCCCUGAUGGGAAUUUCGGCCUAGGAAAAAUUUUGGCACAUGAAGGAAAAUUCGAUUUAGCCUUGCAGCAUUUAAAAUUAGCGACCGAACAAAAUGAAAACGAAAAGACUUAUAAAUUAUGGUACGCUGUUAUGCUUGUGCUAAACUUAGAAAACAAAGCACAAGCUGUAGACGCAAAAAUGCUAUGCUACCGUAAGAGAUAAUUAGGAUUACUUAAGGAUGGCUAUAAAACAAUAGAAGUUUACUGGACACUUAUGAAACUUGCAUUAAGCGGGAUUUUAAAUGUGGGGACUGAAAUAGAAAGUGCUGAACAUUAUGCGGUAAGAAUUAAAGAAAUUGAUGACUAUUAUGGAUUUUUAGCGUGGAGUGAAAUUUCUCUAGCAAAACAGUCAUCACGCAGUAUUGAAAGAGGGGAAAACAUAUUAAAAGAAAUGAUUAAUUUAGCCCCAGAAAGACCUGAAGCUUAUAUUAUGUUGUGGUCUUAUUACUACAACAAAAAAGACUACGAAAACGCUCUAGCUAUCUGCGAAAUAGGCUUUCUCAAAUUGACAAAUAUUUCAUGUGAUUACUCUGUCCUUAUUUCUUUAAAAUACGCCAAAAGUCUUUUCAAGCAAGGCAAAUUUUCAAGCUGUUUUGAUCUGCUACAAAUGGAAUAUUCUAAAUUUCCUUUAUUUAUGAUAUUUGUAUAUGAAUAUGGCAAACUUUGUGUAAAAACCCAAGACCCACACUUUAUGGGCUCAGCUAUAGGAGCUUUACUUGAAUGCUUAAGAGGUUCCUCAGAAGACCGCUACGGACAAAUUUAUUAUUGGCUUUCUAAAGCUUAUUUAAUAGCAGGCGAAAAAAUUGAGGCCUACGACUAUAUGAAAAAAGCACUUUCUUUAUUAACGACUGGAAUUGAUAAAGGAGAUAUUGCGCAAGAAAGACUGAGUGAAACAAAAAUUGCUGUGAAAGCUUCAGAGCUUAAAGAGCUGAUGAGAGACAUGCAUGGCCAGAUCGUAAAUUUGGACAUUAUUUCAAGAAUCCUUGAAGGCGACACAGAAAACUGUAGAUAUGAAGAAUGCAAAAUUUACUGUAAUGCUAUAAGGGGGUUUGAUAAAAUAGAAGGAGAUCUAUGCGAAGCUAAGAUUCUGUGAAAGCUUGGGAGAAAAGAUGAAGCUAUGCAAUUGCUCUAUAAUGAUUUGACAACUCAGAGCUUCAGCAUGAAAAUUCAUUUCCAAGUCAUUGAGCUUUGGAAAUUAGAAAAAAAUUAUGAAGAAAUUUUGAAAAUUUCGAAAUUAAUUGUGAAUUAUUGCAAACAGGUUAGCGUGCCAGUUCAGCUGUGGGUGAAAAUUAACACGAUUUAUGGGAAAGCGCUUGAGAAAUGCGGGAAAGUUGAUAAAGCUAUAGUGAUUUACAAAAGCUUAGCAAAGUUGCAGCCAAAGCUGUAUAUACCGGAUGUAGACUAUACAAAAGAUUUGCAGACAGCUACUACAAAAGAAGAUUUGAAAUCUCCCGCGAAGCCAAGAAAAAGGAUUGUUAAUAGAAAAAGUAUUGGGUAUAGUGAAGCUUGUCUUGAUUUUGACGCAAGAAGAGCACAGCUGAUUGCCUCUAAAAAAAAUCUAAGCACGAUGGUUGCAAGUGAAGAUAUAGAAAAUGAUAUAUCAACAUCUUAUAGUGUUGAGUCACAUCAGAAACAAAUUGACUACGAUCAAUUAGAAACAUCAGAGUCUCCCCGCACAAAUCCUUUUGCAAGGGCUCGAACUGGAUUUGAAACAAUAAAAUGGUUUUCAGUUACAACAGAUUAUUUUUUCUUAUACAAAAUUGGCAAGUUAUCAGCCAAGCACGAAGUUUAUACACAAGAUGGCUUUUUUGCUCUGCACGAUUUUUUGAAUUUCCACCAUUACUGGAUGAGGGCAGGAGUUGAAGCUGAUGAAGAUCUCAGAGUUAAAGCUUUAUUUUGGCUUGGAAUUAUUUGCCAUCAGCUUGAAGACUAUCAGCAAGCUUACUUGAUUUUCAUAGAAAUUAUGAGCAUGCUAUUUCAGCUUGGGAAGGUUGAAAUGAGUGAAAGAAUUCAGACUUGUUUUAGACAUUAUGAAUCUUUAGGAAUAAAACCAGUUAAUAACCUUUAA